AUGGCGUCGCAACAUAUCAACGGUACACUCGAAGGAGCCAAUGGCCUUGCACUACCGAAUAAGCUCCUGGAAAGAGUGGUCCGGACACCAGACAGACAGCCGUCACCACAGCCCACCCAUCUCGGCGUACCUGGGCAGACUCAUGUCCUCCAGGAGACUGGCUCUGGCUAUGUUGCACCUAAAUUCGAGGGCAAGAGCAAGCAGAUGGACGACGUGAUUACUCAAGUGGACGCCAAGGGUUUUAUUCCGGAUGAGCUGGUGGAGCAAGAGGUAGCGUGGUUCUACAACGAGCUUGGCAUCGAUGACAUGUACUUCAGCACCGAGACAGUGGAUGCCAUCGUAAGCAAUGUCCACUCAUUAUACGCUGCCAAGAUCGCAGCAUAUGCGAGAGACGACAAGAAGCUCGAGAUCAGGCUGGACAAGGAAGCGGCGGAUCAUGCCAUCUACAUUGACACCAGCAGGCCUGGACUGUCGUCCUCCGAAGGUUCUGGCUUCGAGGCUCGUUUAGAGGCGAAGUAUUUGGACGGCAGCAAAGGGCCAAGGAGCUUCCGCGUUGAGACGUUCAGAUCACCGAGCAAAUUACCUGGUGGUGGUGACCAGGCACUUCGUUGCUACUUCGUCUACCAGACUACUUUCCAAAACCCGACACCUGCUGAGAAUGAGACUGAUGUCGAGGUACUGGGGGACGCACGUUUCUUGCAAAAGACUACACCAAACACUAGAGCCUUAUAUCAGCGCGUACUAGACGCCGCUGCCUCUCGAACGGGCCCAGUGAUCGACAUGUACGAUGUGGAAGGCACGAGGGAAAAGAGGCUGGUUGUGGGUUUCAAGCAGGGCUCUGCGCUCGGCAUGUUCACCUCUUUGAGCGAUCUAUACCACUACUACGGCUUGACAUCGUCCAGAAAGUAUGUGGAGCAGUUCAGCAAUGGGAUUUGCAUCUUGUCGAUCUACCUGAAACCCGCGCCCAAUUCUGACAAGAAUCAUCCACCAAUCGAGGCGUCAAUCCACCAGAUCAUGAAGGAAGUUUCCCUCCUCUAUUGCAUACCGCAGAACAGGCUGAAGCACCACUUCGCUGAUGGGAAGCUGUCAUUGCAGGAAGCAAUCUAUGCACAUUGUGUCUGGGUCUUCACCCAGCACUUCCUCAAUCGUCUGGGCAACGAAUACAACACCCUUUCAUCUCUGCUCGACCUCAACAACAACGUGCAUGCUGAGCUUUUGUCGAAGAUGAAGAAAAGGUUGCGUACCGAGACGUUCACCGCCGACUACAUUCUUGAGAUCAUCAACCAAUAUCCGGAGGUCAUUCGAUCACUAUACUUGUCAUUCGCGAACACACAUUAUGUGCAGACUCGUGGCGAGCAGGAUGACUUCUUGCCUACUCUGUCAUAUCUGCGCAUGAAAGUAGAUCGCGUGCUAACCGACGAUGAGCUGAAGACUUUGAUCUCGAAGACUGCGAUCAACGAGCACCACGAGAUGGUCAUGAUGUCCUUCCGCAUCUUCAACAGCGCAGUCCUCAAGACCAACUUCUACACCCCAACGAAGGUUGCUCUCAGCUUCCGUCUCGAUCCCAGCUUCUUACCCGCUGAAGAGUACCCACAGCCACUUUAUGGCAUGUUCCUGGUCAUCAGCUCGGAGUUCAGGGGCUUUCAUCUUCGCUUCAGGGAUAUUGCUCGCGGUGGCAUCCGCAUUGUGAAGUCUAGGAGUCGCGAAGCCUACGCCAUCAACGCUCGAUCCUUGUUCGACGAGAAUUACAAUCUGGCAAACACACAGCAGCGCAAGAACAAGGACAUUCCCGAAGGUGGCAGCAAAGGUGUGAUCCUACUUGACGUACAACAUCAAGACAAGGUCACAGUGGCAUUUGAGAAGUACAUCGACUCCAUCAUGGAUCUGCUGUUGCCACCCACUAGCCCUGGUAUCAAGGAUCCGAUUGUGGAUCUGCACGGCAAGGAGGAAAUACUCUUCCUGGGUCCAGAUGAGAACACAGCUGAUCUGGUCAACUGGGCUACGGAACAUGCUCGUGCCCGUGGCGCACCGUGGUGGAAAUCGUUUUUCACAGGCAAGUCACCCAAGCUCGGCGGUAUCCCUCACGACGCAUACGGAAUGACUACGCUAUCAGUCCGUGAGUAUGUGCUCGGCAUCUACCGCAAGCUCAAUCUUGAUGAGCGUCAAGUGCGCAAGCUGCAGACUGGCGGCCCUGAUGGCGAUCUUGGCUCGAAUGAGAUCCUACUAGGCAACGAGAAGUACUGUGCGAUUGUGGAUGGCUCGGGCGUACUUUUCGAUCCGAAUGGCCUCGACCGGACUGAGCUGUUGCGCUUAGCAAAGGAAAGGAAGAUGAUCGUCAAUUUUGAGAUCACGAAGUUGUCCAAGGAUGGAUACCGAGUGCUGGUCGAAGACAACAACUUGACCCUACCUUCAGGAGAAGUCGUCAACAACGGCAUCACCUUCCGCAAUACCUUCCACCUUCGCGAUGCAGAGUCGUUCGACAUGUUCGUCCCCUGUGGUGGCCGACCCGAGUCCAUUGACUUCAGCAGCGCAAGUCGCUUGAUCUCGAAGGCCAAGGCGAUCAUUCCAUAUAUCGUGGAGGGCGCCAAUCUGUUCAUCACGCAAGAGGCCAAGCUGCGACUAGAGAAGGCAGGUUGCGUGGUGUUCAAGGACGCUUCUGCUAACAAAGGUGGCGUGACUUCAUCAUCGCUCGAGGUGCUAGCAUCUCUGUCCUUCGAUGACGAGAACUUUCUGUCACAUAUGUGCGUGCAAGCCGAUGGAACUGUGCCGAAGUUUUACCAAGACUAUGUGAAGCAAGUGCAGGCCAAGAUUCAGGAGAAUGCACGACUAGAGUUCGAGGCUAUAUGGCGUGAAGCUGAAGAGACUGGUGUGGCAAAGAGUAUACUCAGCGACAAACUUAGUAUUGCGAUCACCAAGAUGGACGAAGAAUUGCAAGGCACAGAAUUAUGGGAUAACCUUGCGCUGAGGAGAAGCGUACUGAGUGAUGCUCUACCACCUCUCUUGCUGCACGAGAUUGGUUUGGAGAAGAUCCAGCAGAGGGUACCUGAAAGCUAUCUCCGAGCGAUCUUCGGCUCAUACCUGGCAAGCCGCUUCAUCUACAACAUGGGCAUUUCUGCAUCGCCCGUCAGCUUCUUUGCUUUCAUGAACAAGAGGAUGGCCAAAGUGAACGGCGCAUAG